AUGGUCGAAAGUACCUUGUGUGAUAGUAUCAAGCUCGAACUCGUCAAUAGCAAUUUUUGCAUUUGUCGAUCCCACCCAAAAAGUUUCAAGAGGGCGACCUCUUUUCGUUUGGCGCGUGGUGACAUGGCCAAAUUUGAGAUUGACGGGUUCGAUCCUGAAACUGGCACACAAGGUUGCUUGAGCUGGGCUGAGCGCGGUGAUUCCAAAAAAGAGCCCAUGCUUCAUUGUGGCAUUUUGAGUUAUGGCUGUCAUUAUGCUGUAGACAUGAUGCCAUAUGAAAACGUGUCUUUGUUCAUUCCUAGUCGCGUCAAUCAUACUGUAACAGAGCGGAAGCUGCAGCUGGAUCUUUCAGUAUUACAAAGACAAGCGGAUGCGAUCGUGAUCGACAACGAUGACGAGCCUAUAUCACUUGCAAUUGAAGUACCAACGAUAACAACCCUACGGUGA